AUGGCACAGGCAUGCCCAGCCAAUCAUCCGACGACUAGUGUAACCGGGAAAUUAUCAGUAGAGGCAUGUCCUGAGUACUUCAGAUGGAUCCAUGAAGAUUUGAGGCCAUGGAAGAGUACGGGAAUAUCAAGAUUUGCAGUGGAAAGUGCCGAAGGGGAUGCAGAUUUUAGAUUAGUGAUAGUGAAUGGAAAAGCCUAUGUGGAGCACUAUACCCUAACAGGUGACCAGAACUGGGAAAAAGAAUCCAAUGGAGGGUUCAAGAACUCUAAUCUAGCAUAUAAGUGCACCCACAGGUACAAGAUCUAUGUAGAAGGAUGGGGAUGGUCUGUGAGUGAAAAAUAUGUCCUAGCAUGCGACUCCAUGACACUUCUGAUAAAACCUUAUCCCCAUGAUUUCUUCACUAGAAGCAUGGUGCCAUUGCUGCACUACUGGCCCAUUAGGCCUAGAAACAAGUGUAGAGAUCUUAAAUUUGCUGUUGAAUGGGGUAACACUCACCCUGAAAAGGCCCAGGAAAUUGGUAAGGCAGGAAGCAACUUCAUUCACGAGGAACUAAAAAUGGAUUUUGUGUAUGACUACAUGUUUCAUCUGUUGAAUGAGUACUCAAAGCUCUUGAAGUUCAAGCCAGCAGUACUGCCAGGAGCGGUCGAGCUCUGCUUGGAAACAAUGGAUUGUAGUGCAGAUGCGGUGUUGUAG